GCUAGCGAGGCGGUGCGCAGCGGCAGUCCGGCCGGAGCGGGCGGGUCCAGGCUCCGCCUCGCGUCCUCCCAGCCCGGGCACCCGCAGCGCCGCAUCGGAGCCUGGGAUCUGGAGCUCAAACUUGUAACCCUAGCAGUUCUGCAUUCCAGUACCAAUGGUGAGAAGAUGAACUGCUGCAUUUUGGACAAGCUGAAGUUUGGAAUGCUGGGACAUAAAGAACCCAUUAAGAAGGAAAUUACAAUAGUUAAGAGGAGAUGAAGAGCUGAGAAAAGUAUCUGAAGUAGAAUGGAAGCGUCAGUAAUAUUACCCAUUCUGAAGAAAAAACUGGCAUUUCUUUCAGGAGGGAAGGACAGAAGAAGUGGCCUCAUUCUGACGAUUCCAUUAUGCCUUGAACAGACGAGCAUGGAUGAGCUGAGUGUCACACUAGACUAUCUUCUAAGUAUACCAAGUGAGAAGUGUAAAGCUCGAGGAUUCACUGUGAUAGUGGAUGGCAGAAAAUCUCAGUGGAACGUGGUAAAGACAGUUGUGUUAAUGCUGCAGAAUGUUGUUCCAGCUGAGGUGUCACUUGUUUGUGUAGUAAAGCCAGAUGAAUUUUGGGAUAAGAAGGUUACACAUUUCUGCUUUUGGAAAGAAAAAGAUAGACUUGGCUUUGAGGUUAUUUUAGUAUCUGCUAACAAGCUGACGCGAUACAUAGAGCCAUGCCAACUAACAGAAGAUUUUGGAGGAACUCUCACCUAUGAUCACAUGGAUUGGUUGAAUAAGAGGCUGGUAUUUGAAAAGUUCACUAAAGAAUCAACAUCUUUACUGGAUGAGCUUGCUCUAAUUAACAAUGGAAGUGAUAAAGGAACUCAACAAGAAAGAGAGAGAUCAAUAGAUUUGAACUUCCUUCCAUCAGUUGAUCCCGAGACGGUAUUGCAGACAGGUCACGAGUUGCUCUCUGAGCUGCAGCAGCGCCGGUUCAAUGGGUCUGACGGAGGGGUCUCCUGGUCCCCCAUGGACGAUGAGCUGCUGGCUCAGCCCCAGGUGAUGAAGCUCCUGGACUCCCUCAGGGAGCAGUACACCCGCUACCAGGAGGUUUGCAGGCAGAGGAGCAAGCGCACACAGCUGGAGGAGAUUCAGCAGAAGGUCAUGCAGGUUGUCAAUUGGCUUGAAGGACCUGGAUCAGAGCAGCUAAGAACCCAGUGGGGAAUAGGAGAUUCCAUUAGAGCUUCACAAGCUUUGCAACAGAAGCAUGAAGAGAUUGAGAGUCAGCACAGUGAGUGGUUUGCUGUUUAUGUUGAGCUUAAUCAGCAGAUAGCAGCUCUUCUAAAUGCAGGGGAUGAGGAGGACCUUGUGGAAUUGAAAGCAUUGCAGCAACAGCUGAGUGAUGUGUGUUACAGGCAGGCCAGCCAGCUGGAAUUCAGGCAGAACCUAUUGCAAGCAGCACUUGAAUUCCACAGUGUUGCCCAGGAUUUGUCUCAGCAGUUGGAUGGUUUACUGGGAAUGUUGUGUGUGGAUGUAGCACCAGCAGAUGGAGCAUCAAUUCAACAAACAUUGAAACUACUGGAAGAGAAAUUAAAAAGUGUUGACUUGGGCUUGCAAGGCUUGCGUGAGAAAGGUCAAAGCCUUCUUGAUCAGAUAUCCAACCAGGCAUCAUGGGCCUAUGGGAAGGAUGUGACCAUUGAAAACAAAGAAAAUGUGGACCAUAUCCAAGGAGUGAUGGAAGAUAUGCAGCUAAGAAAACAAAGGUGUGAGGAUAUGGUGGAUGUGCGGCGGCUGAAGAUGCUUCAGAUGGUGCAGUUAUUUAAAUGUGAAGAGGAUGCUGCUCAAGCAGUAGAAUGGUUAAGUGAACUGUUGGAUGCUCUGCUGAAGACACACAUCCGACUGGGAGAUGACGCUCAAGAAACAAAAGUUUUACUGGAGAAACAUCGAAAAUUUGUUGAUGUUGCACAGAGUACUUAUGAUUAUGGGAGACAGCUACUGCAGGCAACAGUGGUCCUGUGCCAGUCCUUGAGAUGCACUUCAAGGUCCUCAGGGGACACACUUCCCAGACUGAACAGAGUGUGGAAACAGUUUACAGUGACUUCUGAAGAAAGGGUGCACCGGUUGGAAACAGCUGUUGCAUUUCAUUCCACUGCUGAAAAGAUUUUGCAGGAAUGUCCAGACCAGCCAGAAGCUUUUAGUGAAAUGGAUCAAUUUGAUGAAAUUGAAGCAGUUGGGAAAUCCCUGUUGGACAGACUAACAGUGCCUGUAGUUUAUCCUGAUGGGUCUGAGCAGUACUUUGGGAGCCCAAGUGAUAUGGCUUCUGCAGCAGAACACAUCAGGGAGAAGAUGAAGUUAGUUAGCCUGAAAAAGCAGCAGCUGAGACAACCAGAAGCCACUACCCCAGAGAGCUAAUACUGACCUUGUCUAUGAAUUCAUAACAGGACUUCAGUUUGUAAUCCAGCAUGUUGUUUGCAUAUUACAGAAUUUGGUAUAAUAUAUUAAAAUGCAUUUCACAGCUGUCUA